ACUGAAACAAAUCCACAGACCCUUCCAACACCUGGUUGGAGAGAAGCAAUUUAUGGUUUAAGUUUCUUGCUCGGUCACAUUGUGGCUUGAAAAUAAUUAAUAACACAGCUUUAAUACAUACGUCUUCAAUGCCAACCACAAGGGGGCGCCAUACCGCCAAACUGGUCCCCUGUCUUUAUUCACGACGGGCCUCUGAGUAUGACGUCAGAUGUCCGGCUACAAGCGGACAUGUGCAAAAGAAGCAGCCAUCAACAUGGACGUACGUUGUAUACUUUGUGACAGAGAGUUUGGGAAUCAACCAGGGCCAGCCCAAGCUAAGAAUAAAUGCUCUUUGAAGCGUACUUUUGAUUCAAAAAUUGACGGAGCUGUAACACUUAGUCAACUUAUCAAUGAAGUUUUAGGGCUUGAUUUGGACCAAAGAUUUGAUGAAGAGGAUGAAGGGCACAAAGCCAAAGGGAAGAACAUGUAUGCGUGUUUACAUUGUGCACAGACAAUGCUAAAUGUCAAGAUUAAAAGAAAGCACCUCUUGACGGCAGAAGAGCAGCUCCUGAACAUUAAAAGUGAAACUGGGUACAUCAACACUUUCACGAAGCGGAUGUCAAGAAAACGGCCGAUGUCUCGGCAGAUUGCGGGCACCUCAAAGGUAGGAACGAGUACACCUGCCAAAGAGAAAGUCCAGGUUGAUAGCCCAAACUUGACAUCAAUUGAAAGUGCAACGUCGUCCUCAUCGUCGACAUCUUCGUCGUCACCAUCGUUGUCCACAAGCAAAAGGCCACGCCAGGGAUUCGCAUUUAAAACAAAGAAGAAGGAAUACAAGCUCCAAAUAUACAACGCCAUAAUUCGCAGCGAAUAUGGUCGAGCCUUCAAGUUGGCGUUCAAAAAAAGUGCAACGGCUACUCAUCAAAUCCCACAAGCAAUCAAAGAGAUGGCACAAGUGCAGAUGUCCAUGUUUACUCGGAAGGGGAUGUCGCUUAAGCAGAAGCUCAACCGUGAUACGGCAGGGAGUUUUAAUUGGGGUACCAUCUUCGCCGAGCUCAAACAAAGCCUGCCUAUUUUAUGUGCAGUGUUGGAGGGGAGCUUGACGUCCAAAGCCGACAGUCAUCGUGUACAAAUCGAGGACAAUAAACUAGGAGAUCUCAUUCCUGGAAUGGGAGUUGUACUUUCCAUGGUCAGUAAGAUGAGAGGGCCUAAGAGGUUCAACUUUGUACCAACCCUGCUUGGAAUGGCACUAUACAAGAAUGGCUGUAGCUCUUCGCUGAUGGAUGCCCUCAACAAAAUUGGUUUUUGCAUGGUGGCCCAGUCUGUAAGAAGAAUUGUGGAUCGUUAUGGUGAGCGGUACAACGACGAGAUAUUGGCUGUUACAGGUGCAAUUGAGGCGGCCAUACAGAAUGACGAAACAAAGGUGUAUGGCCUCACCCCAGAAGGGACGCUUGACCAUUCGAUGACGGCAGAGACAGAGGAAAAUGUUGACGUACUCGGAAGCAACGUUAGUGACACUGAUGACAAAGACAGCGUUGUUGGUGACAGCGACGAAAUAGACACGAGUGUCGAAGAGAUGGCAGAUGAACCUGGAUGUGAAUUUUCCAUGUCAGACAGUUGCUAAACCCGAACUCGACCGAAUAUGUUUUCCGCUUAAGCCUUAAUGAUAUAUUUGAGUAAUGAACGUUUUUUUUUUGUCUGACCAAUUAUACAUGGGGUGUUUUAAAGGACUUAACCCUAAUAGAAGUGAAAAAGGACAGUCACCAACUGCGUAAUUAAUAUACAUUUUUGUUAAUUACUUCACUGAUUAAUUUCGUAAAAAACUAACUUUUCUUGACUUCCUUCAUUGCACGCUUGAGAAACAUCUUGUACAGUUUUGAGUGGCCUUGAUUUAUUGGCUCACCCGGCCGGAGCUGUAACAUCCAAGCAAGUCAGUGACUCUCAGGUGAUUUCCCAUUGCCGGGUACACUAUUGCCUUAGCAUAGGGGCAGGGGUGGGUGAUUGUUUCUAUCACUCUGGCUUUUAUCAAUGAAU